UCUUGCAUAAGGAAUACUSUGUUUGUGGAAGAGGAUUAGAGUUGGAUUAGUAAUUGUCCCUCCUCCUCUGCAGGAGAACUGGUUUUGCUGUCAAGAAUGAAAGGAGCUUGAUUCCAUCUCAACUGCUUUAGCAAAACUCUUUGCCCGCAGGUACUGCAGAGCAGCAGAUCUUUUAGGUGACCAUCUGAAAUACAGGCCCUUAAAUGAUAUUAAGCACCCUUGAUCCUGACUUGUUUCAUUCCUCAUUAAACCCUGCUAGGGAGGAGAUGUUUCACAGGGAAACUGAAGAGAAAACCAGUAAGGUACAACUCAGAAACUGGCUUUCCCUCCACGGGAACUGGUUUGGGGAGUUUAUUUUUUUUAAUAUUUAAACAAAACAAGCCUAUAUGCCAGUAGUGUGUGGACUGGCACAGUGCUUCACUCCCAUCAUUCACAGUGCUAGUGGAGUGUUUAUGGAUGAAUCCUGAGUAUUUUUGGAGUUAAUCUUGCUUGGUUUUGUAUGCUUCCUCUAUGGAAGUGCAGCCUGGAUGGAUGAUAAGGAAGUGAUAACUUUGGAGUUGCUUUGAAGAUUUUUGGAAGAGACACACAGGACUGAGUGCAGAAGAAAAGCUGGAAGAGAAGCUGUGGUUUUCAAGCUAAACUUGUAGCUAGACCACAUACCUGGAACAUGGGUGGGGAGUUGUAAAUGCAAACACUGAUAAUAAUUGCCAAAAUAAUUCAGAAACUUUGAUGACACUGAUGGCACAAGAACUGAGAGAAUGUGAUUGCAUUGUGCAUACACUUAGUCUGGAAAUUGGACACCUCUGAAUAUGUCAGAGCAACAAUUCUGCCAUAACCUGUCUGUAUGAGUGAAAAAGGGUAGGUAGUGUCAAAAACCAAGGCCGGACUAAAUAAUAGAAGCAACUGCACUGUUUAUCAGGAAGACAGUGUCAGUCUGUGUCAUUCCUCAGGCUGUUUCACUGCUGAGUGUUUAAUGUUAGCUUUGCCCUGGCAGUAAAGAUAACAGCCUCUUCCAGGGUGUAGUAGGAGCGCCUGCAGUGUAAGKCCUGUUACAUUUGUUACCUCUGCAGCUGCCAUUGCCUGAGAACCACCGAGMCUGAAAACUACACCUUCUGCCUGUGCUUGCUGCUGAAGUUAUGUGAACAAUACUGGUUCUUUCAUUCUGUCUGCCAUUAAAAUAUAUUAAGUUAAAUAAUUAAAUUAUCAAAUUGUAAGCUGCCUUCUGGGAGCGGCAAUGAAAAACAUACCUAAAAAUGCCUCUUCUGGCAUGUUCUAGAAAACAGUUUUCCUAGUAUACUGUGUAUACUACUUGCUUCUUUUUUCCCCUUUCUUGUUGAUCCUCUUAGAUCAGAUGCUGCCACUUGUUYAAGGGAAGAAAUCUUUUUUAUUCAAUACAUGCAGUAGUCUGGUAUCUAUAGCCUCUUGUUAGUGUCUUUUCAUUCCUGUGGUGAUGCCAAAAGCUCCUUCAGCGGGAAUGCUGCACCAGCAACUAUUCUCCCACCCUGUUUGUCUCAUAGGUGACUUCCAGAACUGCUUUUGGGACAUAGCCCUGGCUCUGCCAUCUGGCCAGAGGUGCUUGGGUUGUUGAGAGCUGCUCUGAGGUUGGAUGGAGAGAGAGAGGGUGGGGUUCCCCGGCAGAGCCUGGGGAGGCGGGAGCGACACCAGAGGAGGAAACGAAAGGGGGAGGCGAGCGCCCAGAGGAUCCAGCUGGUGCCACGCUGCAGGGUCAUGGCCCAGUCCAGAGCCUGUCCAGGUCAGGAGCAGGAGGAUGGAUUGCGUGAAGUGGAUCUCUCUACUCAGAGGCUUCGCGUGCUCCCACCCACAGUCCUGAGCAAUUCCAUGCUGGAGAGCCUUGACCUCGACAGGAACAAGCUCAGGAACRUCACCGGCAUUUCUAAGCUUUGCAACCUCAAGAAGCUGAUACUGUCCAAGAAUGAGAUUGUGGACUUUCCCCGUGAAAUCCAGAGCCUGGUCUGUUUGGAGAGGCUUGAGCUGAAUCAGAACCAAAUCCGGAUCAUCCCAGAGGGGGUUUUCUCCYRUCUCCCCAGGCUUAAAUUCUUGCGGCUGAACAAUAACCGUCUCUGUGCCCUGCCCCGGGACUUGGCAGCUUGUCAGGGCAGCCUCCAGUACCUCAACAUCUCCAACAACCUGUUCCAGACCUUUCCGCAGCCUGUCCUGCAGCUGGCACGCUUACAGGAGUUGCACGUGCAGAAUAAUGCCCUUCACCAGCUCCCCARAGAGCUCUUCCUGGGACAAUCCCUGAAAAUGUUUAAGGCCGGUAGGAACCCCCUCCGGGAACCACCCAUUGAAGUGUGUGCUGGUGGCAUUCGGCAGAUCCGGAAUUACUUCAAACAACUUCAGCAUGGGWUGGGGCAGGAGGACAAGAGGGUCAAGACCAUGUUCCUGGGGGCCUCGCUGGCAGGCAAGUCCACCAUCUGCAGAAGCUUGAAGCAAGGACAAUCCAGACUGAUUCCCAGGGAGGAGCGAACGGUUGGGAUAGAGAUYAGUGAGUUCCAGAUCGAGGAUUUCACAUUUCUCUUCUGGGACUUUGCUGGCCAGCUGGAAUACUACAUGACUCACCACGUGUUCAUCACCCCACAGGCACUCGUCAUCCUUGUCAUCAAUCUUCACAUGUACCAAACUAAUGACAAAACUUUCAAGGAGCUCGUUGGCUUCUGGAUCAACAACCUCUCCAUGCGGGUCCCARACUCAGUGGUGCUUCCUGUGGGAACCCAUGUGGAUUGCUGCCAAGAGCAGGAGGUGGCAGAGAAGACACGUGACAUCAUGGCCAGGAUCACAGCCAUGCUGGCAGAAAGAAAAAGCAACCUUGCUCACUUCAUCGACAACCUGGAGGGCAGUGAGGAGCCCAAGCUUUACRUGGACCAGUGGGAGAGGCUGAAAGAGAUGGACAGCUGCACCUUAACUAUCUUAAACUUAGUUGCUGUCAACUGCRCGGAUCACCGUGACAUCAAAAAGCUCGAGGCCACUAUUUUGGAGCACGUGAAGAAUGAGGAGCUYUUCCCCGAGGUUGUGCGAGUGCUGCCACCCGUCUACCGGCAGGUGGAAACUGCCAUCAUGGAYAUUGCACAGAGCGAGGAGAUGGCAGACCAUGGCAUGAUGGACCUCCAGUACCUGCUCAGCAAACUSUCCCAGCACAAGCACCUGGCCAGCCUGGGCAGGGAGCUCCUCCAGGACAUCCUGCGCUACCUCCACCGCAUCGGGCUCGUCGUGUGGUAUGAGGAAAUCAAGCACUUGGAGAGCACGGUCUUUCUCCAGCCUACCUUUUUAAUAACCAUGUUCAAGCUCCUGGUGCGCUACCGCCUCGUCCAGCAGCUGGAGAACAUCUCUGUGGAGACACUGAUUGGGGAACACGCCACCAUCAGAGACAGGGCCAACUGGGUGUGGACCUUCAAGGCAAAGGCGAUGCUGUGCCACCAGGCUGUGCGUGCCUUGGUGAAGCACCAGCUCUGUUCGGAAGGGAUGCGGGAUGUCUUUGAGGAAAUCAUGGGACACAGGCCUCACAGAGGGAGAGGGAAGCUCUUCAGCCUCCUGGAGCACUUUGAGCUCUGCCUGGAGGUGAGGAACACCGAAGCGCUCAACCCACAGGCCAGUGAGUUUGUGCCUGGCAAGCCUUGGGAGACCACACGGAGCCACAGCGAGUCCUGGUACCUGUUCCCAACCUAUCUGAACCAGACAGAGGAAGUGUCUGAGGUGUGGGGAGGAGAUCACCCYGAGGACCUCCACAUCCGUGCCUAUUUCUCACCUGAAAUACCUGAGGGCUUCUUCCAGAGGUUCCUGGUGAAAGCUUGCUCCUUCUAUUCCACACACUGGGUGGCCAAGGUGACCUGCCUGCUUGUGUGCAAUGGCAAACCUCUGCUGAUCAAAGAGAACAACCAGAGGGCCUACAGCUACCUGGAACUCCGCUGCAGAAAGCCAUCAGAAAGGACAGGGUUCCAGGUUGCCUGGGAUUUCCUGGUGGCAGUGGUGCUCAUCAUCCAGAAGCUCGCCGAGGAGUGGCCGGGGCUGCACACGUGUGUGAAGACUCCCUGCCGAACAGGCGGCUGUCCCGCAGAGCUCCUCUGGCCGGACAUGGACGGCACCAGUGCCAUGACCAAAGAAGAUGUUAAAACCUGUGGGACGUGUGGGCACCGUUUUGGUGCAGAGCUGCUCCUGCCCAAAGUUCCCAGGCAGCUGGAGGAGCCCCCAGCACAGCCCUCUGCUCACUAUUACGUGACGAGCUACGGGACCACCACCUUUGGGCCCAGCAGCAUCCAGGUCACUCGGCAGGUAAGGACACUGCCCCCUCCCCUUGCCCAGGGACCCAACAGUGAUGGUCAGGUGCCUGAAAUGAGGGGGUGCAGUUGCUUGGGGAGAGCACACCCCAUCUUCAGGCAGCCUUCUGGUUUUCGUACUCCCUGA